AAACGGUCCGACUUGAGGCUCAGCUGACGGACGACAUUAAUCUUCUUUUUUGCGUCUAAUUCACAAGUUAAUGCGGAAGAAGUUUUAUGCCCAACAAUGAUGGAUGACGAUGCCGCCCCAAGACGAGCUCCACCUCCCAGGCCAUCUGUGUUGCCACAGUAUAAUGCACCCAGACCAGUAGUACCAGAAGUUUCACUGAUGUUUGAUAGCGAGGACAGCCUUAUUUGGCAACAACCAAAAUCCAACCUCCCAGCUAGCCUGCAACAAAAAAAGGAUGUACCAUUCUCCAAAGUAGGCAGCACAGUAGCAAAUCAGAGAGUACCAGUGAUCUCAGCAGUUAAUAAUCCAGGGAAGGAAGCUUUCGUUGCUGCACCUUUAAGGGAAAUUCAAGGCUCUCAGUCUACAACACAUUUUAAGCAUAAGGGAGAUGAAAAUUAUGUAAGACCAAAAUUGCCAUUGCAGAGCAAGACAGAAGGCCAGUUUCAGAGAGAACCCAGUGGAUCACCAGUACUUAAAAAUCCAGUUAUAAGUGACAAGCAUUACAACCCCCUGAUUUACAGCCCAUCUCAGAAAAAUGGAGUGAACAAGGAGGUGGGUCACAGCUCUUCCCCUCCAGUAAGGGAGAUUUCUCCACUGAUUACAAGAAAUACAGUACCUGUUACAAGAGUGCAGACACAGAACACAGUCAGUUCUCCAUCUUAUGAAGAUUCAGUCAUGUUGAGUAAGAACUCUUGGCCAUCACAAGUAACAACAAAAUCAGUCCAUUUUUAUGAAAAUCCUGUGAUGAGUGAUGAAGAAACACCACUUCACUCAAAACGGAUGGAACAGCAUCAGAGAUGUCUACAAACAUAUGGAUAUGAAAAGGAAAAUGUUAAGCCUUACUCUCCAGCUAUUAGUGAAGGCAAAACAACAGAGCCUAGUAACUUUGCUCAGUCUUACAGAAAGGGCUUGAAUACACCCCCUUCAAGUCAAUAUAAUAGCACAUUAAUAUCCCAGGGAGGUCCGUCUUCUCAUCGCCCGCUUAGUGAGCAUGAAAUCACUCAUCAGUCGGAUCAUAUUUCUGGCCAAUCAAAUGCGUGGUGUGACCCGAAUGUUUAUCGCUUGAUUGAGAAACAGAAUGAGCAUAUUUUCAGGCUACAAAGUUCUCUAGAAAAGUUAUUAGAGAAGCAGGAACAAAAUGAAGCUCAGAGGAACAAGGAAGUCAGAGAUUUAUUGAGAGAAAUAGUAAUGGCCACCAGUGCCAACCAGCAAGUGAAUCAGAAACAGAUAUUGAAAGAUACUUGCAGUCAGACAGAGCCUGAUAAAUGUGAAUCUAAGUCAGUAGGAACUAAUACCGAAAUUUCAUGGACAGAUUUGAUUGCUUCUGUUCUGCCAUCUGAGAAUGCAGUUGAAAGAGGCCCUAAGCAAGAUGCAAAAUUUGAGCCUAGAGAGGCUGUGAAACUUCUUCAGACAGGCAACAAAAAUAUAGAAAGACAAGCAGACAUCAUUAGAGAUAAUUAUAAGCAAAACUCAUUAAACAGAAGGGAUUCUUCCUCAAGACAAGCAACAAAUUGGACAGUGCACAAGGAAAUGUCCCUGACAAUGCAAGAAGUUGUCAUGAAAACUAUUGAGGAAGACCCUCCCAGUCCAGAUCCUUCAGUCCACAUUAGUAUGACAGAGUACCAUGAUGGCAGUAGGCACGAGGAGGCUCGCAGUGGUAUGAGAAAUCAAAAGAAAAGAGUAGAAUGGGAAGGUUCUCCUGUCUUGGGUGAGAGUGCAAGUAUGUGCAGUCCAACAGCCCAUGAUAGUCCUCAGCAUCAGGAAAGUGCACAAGCUAAAGGAACAGGGGUGACUUUUUAUAACAAUGUCAUGACAAAUAUUCAGCAUAUUUUGCAAAACUCUAAGGCUGCAGAGGAAGAUGAAAGAAGUGAGGAUGCUGCCAGUCACCAGAGACAGAGGGAGUCGAACUGUGCCACUGAUCAACAGGAAACAACAGUAAUUGACCCCCAGAUGGAAGCUGUCAGGAAACAGUUAAUGCAGUUCGGUAUUAGUUUUAUUGAUCCUGCAACGCUGGCUUCAAACAGCAGACCAGUACUAGAUACCAUGUACCUGCCAGGACUCCAUAACAUGCUGUCCAUGUACCAAAACUCCAUCCCCACCUCAGGGACAGUACCAUACCAGGAGACUGAUGCCACAGCUGCAAAGUACCUAUCAGAUGCACAACUAGCUGCCAUUGCUGCAGCAUCUCCUGCCAUGACGGGAAGAACAAGAGCUGCGAGGGAGACCAAGGCACUGAGACCUCCAUUCCAGCAAAUUAAGAAUCCAGACACUGAAAAUAACUUUUCCAUGGCAACAAAAAAGUUUCUUGGAAAAUAUGGCUUGCAAGAAGAUUACACUUAAGUCUCAGUGUUAUAUUUGAAUGACAUAUGAUGUGCUUUAAAAUACUACUAUUUUGUGUUUGCAUAAAUAUAUUUCAAAGGUACAAGUUAAGAUGGGGUCAGCAUCUAGAAAUGUUUAUUAUACAUAACAGGUGCCAAAUUUUAUUUAUAAUCUAGUUUCUAGUCUGGAAAGAACUUAGAACAAAAAAAUCUUGGCACUGC